UUGGAGGAGGAGGACGAGGAGGAGGACGACAACGACGAAGAAGAGCAGUGUUGGUGUACCCUCCUCCUCCUCCUCCUCCUCUUCCUUCUUCAUCUCGUUCGUAUCGGUGAAGGACCUCAACUUGUAACCUCAACGUGA